AUGGCGUCGCUUGAAAGUUUCCUGGACGUCCUCCAUACGAAUUCGGUUUACAUCGCUGGAGUGGCUUCUAUCUGCCUGAUGAUAUUAUUGGUAUCAGUAAGUGGCCGUAACACAUACCAAUCAUGGCUGCAAUUGACAUCAUCGCAGUGGGCAUAUGGCACGGACAUCAAGCACAUCAAGGGUAUACCUGAAAUCCCAGGCGCGCUUCCUGUCUUUGGUCACCUCUUAAAACUCGGAGAAGAUCACGCCUCUUCCUGCGAAAAGUGGUGGCGCAAGUACAACCAGCCUGUUUUCCAAAUCAAGCUGGGAAACACUCGAGCUGUGGUUUUCAACUCGUUUGAUGCCUGCCGUGACAUCUUGGUCAAGCAUCACAAUGCCGUGAUAGACCGUCCUAAGCUUUACACAUUCCAUGGAGUCAUCAGCAGUACUCAAGGCUUCACGAUUGGUAGCAGUCCUUGGGAUUCGAGCUGCAAGAACAAACGUAAGGCAGCUGGAACCGCUCUGUCAAGACCAGCAAUGCGCAACUAUCACCCAAUGUUCGAUUUGGAGAGCUUCUGCAUCAUACGCGACAUGCACAAGGACAGCAAUUUCUCCGACCCUAACAAGGAGAUCAGCAUCAGACCUUACAUCCAGCGAUAUGCUCUCAACACGACUCUGACUCUGUGCUACGGAAUACGUAUGGACGACACAUAUGAUGAGCUUCUGCGUGAGAUUUUACACGUUGGAUCUGCGAUAUCCCUUUUACGCAGUGCAUCAGAGAAUAUGCAAGACUAUGUCCCAGCACUUCGUUACUUGCCAAACAACGAGAAGAAUGCCCGCUCUCAAGAUUUGCGAUCUCGUCGCGAUGCUUACCUCAACCUCUUGCUGGACAAAGUACGCGAGAUGAUCAAGAAUGGCACCGAUAAGCCAUGCAUCAGUGCCGCGAUUCUGAAAGACGAGGAGACCAAACUUACUGGAGUCGAAGUGUCGUCAAUCUGUCUGUCGUUAGUCAGUGGAGGUUUCGAAACCAUACCCGGAACCUUGACUUCAUGUCUUGGAUCACUCUGCACACCAGAAGGACAAAUCUUCCAGGAGCGCGCCUACGCCGACAUAAAGCGCCACUAUCCGGACAUUCGCGAUGCAUGGCAAAACAGUUUCCAAGAAGAAAAGGUUCCUUACCUGAAGGCAAUUAUCCAGGAAGCAGGUCGUUAUUAUACUGUAAGCUCCAUGAGUCUGCCCCGCCGUACAGUAACAGAGGUCAACUGGAAUGGAGCCAUUAUCCCUCCAAAGACCAUGAUCCUCGUAAACGCACAGGCUGGCAAUCACGAUGUCGACCACUUUGGGCCUGAUGCAGCAGUAUUUAAUCCAGAACGCUGGCUUGAGCCCAUCACAAAAGAAAACGACAUGGGUCCUUUCGAAGAACGUGUUUUGACAUCACAAGCCCAUCUUUCUUUCGGUGCUGGCACUCGAGCUUGCAGUGGCCAAUUGAUUGCCACACGUUUACUGUAUUCGGCUCUCAUUCGCAUCUUGUCUUCGUACAAGAUCGUUGCGUCCGAGUCCGAGCCUCCCAACACAGAUUAUGUGGAUUACAACCAGUUCAAGACUGCUUUGGUUGCAAUCCCGCGUGACUUCAAGGUUAGACUCAUUCCACGCGAUAAGGAAACCAUGGAGGAGUGUCUACAGGCGGCAUAUGAGCGGACGAAGGAGCAUUACAAGGAAAACAUCAAGUCAGUGUAA